CAGCUGAUACAGUGCUACAUCAGACUCCACUCCACUUCCCCAAACUCUAUUCAUAUUAAAUCCCUAACCCCUUCCAGCUGAAGACCGUACAAACACAAAGUACUGGACAAACUUAGCAGGCCACUAAGACAUCAGUAUGUCCAGCAAAAGAGCAAAGGCAAAGACCGCAAAGAAGCGCCCUCAGCGCGCGACUUCCAAUGUGUUUGCAAUGUUUGAUCAGUCACAGAUCCAAGAGUUCAAAGAGGCUUUCAACAUGAUAGACCAAAACCGGGAUGGUUUCAUUGACAAGGAAGAUCUGCACGACAUGUUGGCUUCUCUCGGAAAGAACCCUACUGAUGAGUACCUAGAAGGAAUGAUGAAUGAAGCUCCUGGUCCCAUUAACUUCACCAUGUUCCUGACCAUGUUUGGUGAGAAACUAAAUGGCACUGAUCCAGAAGAUGUCAUUCGAAAUGCUUUCGCUUGCUUUGAUGAAGAAGGAACAGGUUUCAUCCAUGAAGACCACUUGCGUGAGCUGCUGACCACAAUGGGAGACAGGUUCACAGAUGAGGAAGUCGAUGAACUUUUCCGAGAAGCACCAAUUGACAAGAAAAGCAAUUUCAACUAUGUGGAAUUCACCCGCAUUCUGAAGCAUGGUGCCAAGGAUAAGGACGAUUAAAAUUACAUCUUGUAGUUGCUUUAAAUCUCACCACAUUUCAUUUAGCGCACACACCGUUCACCACACAGCAAUCCAUUUACUUUAAGUAGCAAUUUUGUUUUCCAAAUGUUUUGUAUGAACUUUUAAGUUAGCAAAGGCUGAUACCACGUUGUAUGUAUGUUGGAAAAUGUGGCUAUUCUAAUAGGAUGAGAACAAUUUAAAAUAUGUAAGCAUACUGUUGACCUUCCAUAUAAAUUGUGUUGAUAAUUGAUUACUCAUCAUGAAGAACAGUAAUGGAAAUUCCUGAAAAGCAACAGAGUGAAAAGAGUUCUGAACAAACCUUUUGCAACAAAAAGCAGUUACAUGAUACUAACAAUACCUACGACAAGUUUUGGUACUUAUAUUUUAUAUGGAACAUUGUACUUUCUCUAAGUAUUAUGUGUCAUAAUAAAGGCUCUAAUACUCUU